CCUCCUCUUUUCUCUUGUCCUCUCUUGUCUACUCAACUUGAGGCCGGCUGUCACUCUUGUGCUGUGUAGCAGCGGAGAGUGCGGUGGCGUCCGUUCUCAUCAGAUCUGAUCCGGGUUCAGAGGAAGGUCUGGAUUUGCACCCUGACCCACAAGUCAGUCUCCUGCACAAGCUGACUGGGGAACAGGGCAACAGAGAAGAAUAGAGAAGAACCGAGAAGACGCAGGUCAGAUCAGUCCUGGAAGAAGGAAGACAAAAAACAGAUCAGUUCAAGAAGAGAGAAGAACAACAGAUCAUUUCUAGAAGAUGUUACGACGGAAGCCCUCCAAUGCCUCGGAGAAGGAGCAGGUGGCGGGCCAGAAAAAGAAGCUGACUCUGCAGCGGUCAAGCAGCUUCAAAGACUUCAUGAAGCCCAAGCCCUCGUCCCCGGUGGUGGCAGACCCAGAUGCCACCCUGAGCGAAGCCGUCGACGGAGCAGGGCACGAAGAGGGUGGAAAAAAACAAGGCAAGUGGAGGAAGAUCAUCACCCGCACCAUGACACGCAAGACCUCCAAGAUGGUGCAGAAGGUCCUGGAGGAAGGAGCCGACAGUGGGGAUGACAUGCCCAGCUCCCCCAUGUCAGGGGACAUGACGCCAGACCUGACCCCAGGACAGCGCUCCUCGGUCUGCUCCAACGGCUCGGGAGACACCCUGCACAGCCCCGUCUCAAGGCAGAUCUCUGGAUGUGGGGACAGACAGAGUUUAGACAGCGGCUAUGGGCAGCGUGACAGCAUGAAGCUGGAUGACUCCCCAGCCCCCUACAACGGGCCCUUCUGUGGCAGGUGCCAGGUGCACACAGACUUCACCCCCAGCCCUUACGAGUUCGAGUCCCUCAAACUACAGAAAGGAGACAUCAUUCAUAUAAUCGAUAAGCCGCCGAUGGGCACCUGGACGGGCAAGCUGAACAACAAGGUGGGCUCCUUCAAGUUCAUCUACGUGACCAUUCUGCCCGAGGAGAGCCAAGCCAAGCGGAAGAGGUUCUCCAGCCAGGACCGCCACAACCGCCUUAAACCCAAAACCCUGGAGGAAGUCCUGGAGAAAAUUGGCCUAACCGAGCUGGGCUCUCUGCUCUCCAUGCAGGGCUGCCAGUCCCUUGAGGACUUUAGCAGUCUGAAGGAGUCUCACCUGAAUGAGCUGAACAUCACAGACCCUGAACAGCGCACCAAAAUACUCACAGCUGUGGAGCUACUGCACGACUCUGAGGAUGAGUGUGAUGAUGAGGAAGAGGAGACGUCAGAGGAGAAGCCUGAGGUGCCACGGGACUCCGGCUGCUUCGAGGGCUCGGAGAACCUGGAGAACGGACGCGACGAGCCAGAACCGGAACAGGAACCGGAAGCAGAGGGCAAAGCAGAACCCAAAGCAGACUCCAAGACAGAGCAAGGUAGCGAGGCACUCAGUGAUGUGCAAGAGCAGCUGCAGGAUCUGACAAUAGAGGAUGGUUCUUGAACUUUAAAAGAAUAGAACCUUCAGAACCUUCCGGAACUCCCAGGUGAUUGCACAACUGAUGAUUUCUCUGGAUGGAACAAUGAGAGUCAUCUCUCUGCUGUUCCUGGAACAAUCAUCCUUGUAAUUGCUGGCCGGUGGAAUCAGUGAGAAACUGUUCUGAGGUGCCCUGGUGUCCUCAGACUGUCUCUUUGAGUACCCUUGCGGUUUUAGCAGAGACUUCUUGCAUCAACAAAGUUUUUUAAUGCAAAGCGUUGGGCAUGGCGCUGUGGGUUUUUCAAAACCUAAGAAUGAACAAUGAUUUGUGGAUAUGUAUGGAAGAUGGAUUUGGAUGUGCGACUCCAUUAUAAGUGAUUGAAGUGUUUUUCAUGUUCAUGAGUUUAUC